AUGGUUACCACGCUGGUAGAAAUCGCCAGCACUAUGGGAGAAGCACGCGCAACCACACAGAGGCAGAUCAACGCAGAAGCUAUGCGGAGCGGCAGCAAGGAAGAGAAUCCCCGCAUGGCUCUGCUCAGGAGCACGUUGGAGAAUCUGCAUACCAAGAUCGUGGGGGUGGAGGAAAUGAUGACCCAACUCUUUUCAGGGUUCUUUACUCACCGCUUCCGGGAUGUGAUGCCAGAGAUCCGCGGUGCCUGCGUGGCAUCCCUCGGAUCCUGGAUAUCCGGUUACCCCAGCGUCUUUUUAGAAGACCGCUACCUCAAGUACCUGGGCUGGGCUCUCAGUGACCAGGUGGGUGUGUCAGUGACCAGGCAGUUAAAGGAGUCGAUUGUGAGGCAGAGCAGUCUGCAGGCACUCAAGGCGUUGUACGAGGAUGAGGACUGCAUUGGCGCGCUCAGCCUCUUCUCUGAGCGCUUCUCCCCGCGCAUCAUCCACAUGGCUGAUGACGUGGACGCCAGCGUGGCAGUGACCUCCGUCCAGGUUGCAGCACUCCUGCUGAGGCAUCAGCUGAUACACUUGGAUGAGGUGCGGCCAGUGCUGGAGCUAAUCACAGACGAUCUGAGGGCUGUGCGCCUGGUGGUGGCGGACCUCAUAGCAGACCACUACCUCCCAGCCAAAGUGGCGGAAGCUCCUCAGACCUCCAAAGACGAUGCAGGAGUGAAGGGAAUGCACGACGGGCAGCUGCAGCCGCUGUUGGAUCUGGUGGGGGAGUUCACCAGCAGUGACGCGCACAUGGAGAUGCUCGUGGACGCUCUCUGGGACAAGUGCAGAGUGCUGCAGGACUGGAAGCUGAUGGCCAAGUCCCUCCUGGCCGACCAGGCAGGGGCACACGGGAAGGGCAAGAGGAGGGAGGUGAACGGGGAGUCUCUCUCCCUCUGCCGCCUGCUCCUUGCGUGCGCUGAGCGCGGCACUGCCGCUGGGAUUCACUCUAACCGUGGGGAUGGUGCUGCUGGUCCUGGGAGGUUUCCUGGGAAGGUGAAAGCCGCGUUUGGGUCCCCCAGUUCAGCCCACAAGACUCCUUCGAAGAAGCAGCAGGAGGGAGCAGCAGUAGUGCAGGGCGAGAUGACAGGAGCACUCAUGAAGCACCUUCCCGGCAUCAUCACUCGCUUCCUGCCCGACGCGGAUCAUCUGCACAUCGUGCUCUCCAUCGCCCCUCUGCUGCAAUUUGACCUCUUCGCCACACGCCACCAGGAAGCUAGCUUCACCAGUCUUAUGGCAGCCUUACACGAUGCCUUCCUGCGCCACACAGCAACGCCAAUUCUCGACGCAGCCAUUGCCGCGGCAGCAGCAGCAGUGGAAACGGCGCCUGCAGAGCUGAAGGAGGAGGCGCAGCGUUUAAUGGAGGAUCUAUCGAGUGUGGUGCUGCAGCAGCUGGAUGAAGCUGUGAAGACAUUUGACGAGGAUGAUGACAGAAGUGUGGGCGUUGAUGGUGACUUUGACCGCCUGCUGGCCUCGCUGUCGCGACUGCAAGCGCUGCAGCUGGCAGGGCAGCGCAUGCCAGCAAGCAUCACAGACACCCUGCAGAAAAUCAUCUCCAACCCACUCAUGGUGUCGUCUGAUGAGGUUCAAGCAGAGGCGCUCACGUGCUGCUUCCUCGAUGUGGUCGCAAGCUACGGAGACAUCACCGCGGAAGGCGUGAGCGAGAAAGACACAGCUGAUACCACAGCGGACAUCACUCGAGUGGAUGUGCGCCUGCGAUUCCUGCUCCUGCACCUGGAAACAUCCAUCAAAAGCAUCUCUUCCUCUUCGUCCUCGCACCAGCUGCCCACAGCAGCUCGCACCUUCAAUAACAGGCGCGCUUCUGGGCCAAGUGGGGCCAAGGGGGCAUCAAACACAGGCACCAAGUCCAUGCUGGUGCACCUGUGCUCGGACGUGUGGUCUGUCUUCUCCCCAUCCAAGCUGAACGGCACGCCCAUGCAAACCCUGGCAUCUGCGCCCUCUGCUUCCACUGUGGAGGCCUUCUGGCAGGCAUGCCUUGGCAUUAUUCACACCUGCUCGAACGGUCAUGGGGAGCAGCUAUCGAAUGGGGAUGUGGCGGUGAUUGCAGCAGCCAAGCUCAUAGCCGGAGGCCUUCUACCGCCUACGUAUCUUGCUCCGCAGCUGCUGGCUCUGCUGGUGGGCCAUGGGUGGGCGGCAGCAGCAGUGGUGAAGCACAUGGCAGAGCGCAUGAGGCACAGCAGCAGUGGCAGCAGCAGCAGCAGUGUGACGGAUGAACAGAUGUGGAAGCUGUGCUAUGACGCAACACGCCUGGCAUACGAGCGGCAUCUAAGGGAGAUCGGAGAGGACGAGGACGACGAGGCAGACGUGGAGUCGUACCUCAUCUGCAAGGACCUCACCCCGCAGCUGCUGCUGCUCUGCGGGGGCCCAGCAGCAGUGCGCGGGGCAGCUGGCAGCGGCAGCAGGUUGAGCGACGCGGUGCAAACGGUGUUGUCUGCGGUGGUGAGGGAUGGAGCUGGGUUCGUGCUGGAGGAUCCGAGGCGGAGAAUGCUGUUUGUGGAUGUUGCAGUGCUCGGGUUUGCGAGGAACCUCAAGCCGGCCACUGCUGCUCCAAUCCUUGCUGAGCUUAAAACGCGUACAGCCCACCUCGACAUGGAGGACGAGCCUCAGCUCUGGCGCCCACUGCUCACCCUGCUAGACUGCCUGGAGGGCAAGGCUGGUAACCACACUGGUAACCACACGGGGGCUGGUGGACAGGCCAAUGGAGCAGCAAGGAACGGGCAGGGAGGAGGAGAGGGUGGGGAGGACGCAGGAGAGGAGGAGGAUGACGUCAUGCCAACUAUGACGCCGCCCAGAGUGAAUCAGCGCGUGGCUAAGCGUCACAAGAAGAAGCCUGCGCUCAAGACCAUGCGGCGCAGGCCCCAGGGAGCAGAAGCUGAGGCGGGGACAUCUGACGAAGAUGAUCCAGGGAACACGCUUGGGGGAGGAAGGGCAACGCGCAGAGAUGAAGGGAGGGAUUAUGGCAGCAGGGAGCCGCGUGGUGGCAGAAUCGGUGCCAGGUACAAGGAUGCUGGUGUUACCCCUUCGCAUGCCCCUGAGCCAACUGCGGCUACUGUGCCUGCUGCUGCUGCUACGUCUGAUGCUGCCGAUAUUGAUGCUGAGGAUGGUAGCGGUGGUGACAAUACACGUGGACUGGAUUCUGCUGGGGCAGCGGCGCCAGCAGCAGCAGCCAGUGGCAGGGGGCUGGUGUCAGCAGUGACGUAUUCACGCAAGAGGAAACUGGCUGCGAACAGACAGAGGGAGGAUGAGGAAGACAAGAGGAGUGAGGGAGAGAUGGGGGUUGCGGAAGAGAAGAGGGAUGAGAGAGAGGAUGAGGGAGAGAAGGUCGGUGACGGAGAGAAAGGGUUAGGAGGGGACAAGGAGGCCGAGGUGGACAAGGCGGAUGCAGCAGACAAGGAGGAUGACGGAGGGGCGUGGGACAUUUUCAAAGAUGAUGGUGAGGAAGAGGAUAGGCAGAGCGCAGAAGAGACUAUGGUUGGGACGCAAGGAAGGAAGGAGGCUGCUGGGGAGGCUAUUGCUGAGAGUGCUCCUUUUGAUGCUAUGGAUACCGCAGAAUCUGAUGAGGAAGAGAUUAAGGCGUCCGGAUCAGGCAAGGGUGCCGCGAGUGCUGAUGAGACUGGUGGGAGCAGCGGCGGGAGCAGAGGAGGUGGGAGCGAUGGGGAUGAGUGGGAAGAGGUCGAUAUGCGAGAGAUGGAGACGAGGCGGCAUAGUGAUGCUGCUAAGAAGGCGGAGUUGGAGCUGCAGGAGAAGAGAGAGGCUGAGAGGGAGAAGGAGAAGGAGAGGGAGAGGGAGAAGGAGAGGGAACGGAUGGAGAAGGAGAGGGAAAGGGAGAUGGAGAUGGAAAGGCAAGCUUCUGACGUGGACAAGAGAGGUGCAGGGACGGAGGGCGAGAAGCAUGAGAUGGGGCGGGGAUUGGGAAGGGAGGGUGUGAGAGGAGCUGGAGUGAGGGAUGCGAGAGAGGAGCAGAAAGAGGAGGUGGUGACAACUGUGGCGAAUACCAUGCUGCUGGAUUUGAGUGAUGAGGAGUGCUCCCUGUCGCCCUUGGAGCUUGGUGCAAGGGAGAGUCAGGAGAGGGGUGAGGUUGCUGUGUCUGCUGCGCGCUGGGAAGCAAGAACCAAGGCGCAGGGUGAAGUUGGGACCAAGGAACAGAGCCUACAAGCUGCUGCUGCUGCUGCUGCUGCCCAGGGUCAGAGAGGACGGGAAGACCCUGCUGCUGGUAAAGGCGCAUCUGGUAAUGUGUUAGAGAGAGCGGUUGCAGCCCGGCAAGAGAGGAGCAUGGUGAUGGAAGUUGAGGAUGUGGAGGAGGAUGAUGAGGAAGAUGAUGAGGAAGACGAGGAGGAGGAAGAGGAGGGGGAUGAGGAUGAGGAGGACGGGGAGGAUGAGGAGGACGAAGAGGAAGAGAGUGACGAAGGGAUGGAGCAGGAGGGGAGGAGGGCGCAGGGAGGAGAUGUGCAAAGCAGGAGCAGGCAGGUAGAGCAGGGGAUGCGGCCUCUUAGGCCUGUUGAAGCCGCAGCAGCCGGGGGAGCAGCAGCAGCAGCAGCAGCUGCAGGUAGAGGAGGAUCAGUGGCAGGAAAGGCAGCCCAGGCUGGGAGCAAUGCGGCUGUUGGUGCUGCUGCAGCCAGGGUUCCAGGGGUGGUGAAUGGUGGGGUGGCCGGUGGUCUUGGUGUGGGGGGAGCGAGUGGAAGGGGGCAGAUGGAGAUAAGUAUAGAGGAUGGGAGCGGAGAGGAGGAAAAUGAGGAGGAGGAUGGGGACGAGGAGGAGGAAGAGGAGGGAGAUGAGGAGGGGAGUGAGGAGGAAGAGGAUGAAGAGGGAGAUGAGGAGGAAGGGAGUGAGGGCGAGUGGGAGGAGACGAGUGUGGAUGGUUCUGCAUCUGUUCGGGCAGCGAGUCAGGCCAAGGAUGGUGCUAUGGCGAAGACAGGCAGGCAGGGAGAGGUUCCUGUGCAACGAAGAGAGGCUACUUCUGCUGAUAUGGCUGCUCGCAUGCGCCAACAGCAGCAGCAGAAGUUGCGGCUGAAUGACAAUGAUGAUGAGGAUGACGAGGAUGAGGAGGAAGAUGGGGAUGAGGAGGAAGGAAGCGGGGAGGAGGAGGGUGGGGAGGAGGAGGAUGGGGAGGAUGAGGAGGAAGGUGAGAGCGAGGAUGGGGACGAGGAAGAAGAAGAGGAGGAUGAUGACGAUGACGACGAUGAUGAUGAGAAUGCACCACUGUCAGAGCGACAGCUGGCGACAAUCGCGAUGCUCGCGAAUGUGGCCGGUAACCGCUCCCUGCCACCCCACCUGGAAGGGAAUGGGAAGGAGGGACGAGAGGAGAGCGCAGCGACAGCAGCAGGCGCAGUGGGGGGAGAAGGGGGAGCGGACGAUGGGGAGGAGGGCGAGGAAGAGAGCGAUAUGCUGUUGCUAGUCAACAGCCACCAGUUCUACAAGUGGCAUUCGGACCUUGAAACAGCAAUGAAGUCAGAGACAGAGGAGAAGUAUCGGCAAUAUGUGUGUGUGCUGGAAACUCAUCUGCAGACGUGCGACCACAUUCUCAUGCAGCUGGACAGCACCCUGGCGCAGUUUGACGAGUUGCAGGCGCAGCACCGCGGCGUGGCAAGCAAGACGCGCACGCUGCACGACGCGUGCGAGCGGCUGGUGGCGGACAAGGAGCGCCUGGUGGAGUUCGCUGAUGCCCUGCGCUCAAAGCUCAACUACUUUGAGGAGCUCGAUAAGAUCACAGGUCGGUUCCACUCGGCGUCCAUGAGUGUGAGCAGCUCGCACUUCCUGCCUCUGCUCAAACGCCUCGACGAAUGCAUCACCUAUGUUGCCUCCAACCUUCAAUAUGCAGACGCCAAUAUCUACCUCGUCAAGUUCAGACAGCUGCAGUCGAGGGCACUUGGAAUGGUUCGGUCCCACGUGCUCUCGGUGCUUAGAGCAGCUGCCAACCAGGUGCUAGCGGCAAUGAAAGAGAGCGGGGUGCCGUUGGGGGCGAGGGGUUCGGGAGGAGGCAUAUCGGAGGGCGCUGAGACGUCUCUCCUCUAUGUUCGCUUCAAGGCUGCUGCUGGGGAGUUAAAGCCACUAAUGGAGGAGAUGGAGGGGAGGGCGUCCAGGAGGGAGUAUUCGCAGCUGCUCUCGGACUGCCACACCAUCUACUGCGAGCAGCGCCUUGCUCUGGUGCAACCAGUGGUUCAGCAGCGCAUUACAGAGUUCGCCAGGAGGGAAACACUGCCCACUCUCACUCGCUCCGGAUGCGCGUAUCUCAUGCAGGUGUGCCAGUCAGAGCACCAGCUAUUCGACCAUUUCUUCCCAGCCACCUCUGCGGAUACCUCCAACCUCGCCCCUCUCAUCGACCCCCUCUGCACAGUGCUAUACGAUGCGCUGCGCCCGCGGUUCAUCCACAGUGCGGACGUGGACGUGCUGUGUGAGCUCGUAGACAUCGUGCACGCCGACCUGCUGCACCACCACCUGCCGCGCCGGGGCGAGUGGGUGGCAGCGCUGCGCCCCACCAUUGCAAGGAUUCUUGCGGAUUUGAGGCAGCGGCUGAUUUUCCGAGCUCACACGUUUAUGAGGGAUGAGAUCUCCAACUACGUGCCCACCAGUGACGACCUGGACUACCCAGGCAAGCUGCAACGAGCCGCCGCUAAGUCUGCGGCUGCCGCCGCUGCCGCUGCACAGGAGGGUGACCCGCAGGCAGCAGGAGCGGAGGAGCAGGGAGGGGACUCGUACGCAGGGUGGUACCCCCCUCUCGAGAGCACACUCGCAUGUCUCUCCAAGCUCUACCGCUGCGUGGACGCUGAUAUCUUCACAGGGCUCGCGCAGGAAGCAGUGGCCGUGUGUUCUGACUCGAUUCAGCGUGCCAGCAAGGUGGUAGCACGCAAGGCGAGUCCCAUGGAUGGGCAGCUGUUCCUUAUCAAGCAUCUGCUCAUUCUCCGAGAGCAGAUCGCCCCCUUCGAUGUGGAGUUCGCGGUCACUAUAAAAGAACUAGACUUUGCACACACACUGGAUCACUUGCGGCGAGUGCUGAGAGGCCAGGCGUCGUUCCUCAGCCUCACCUCAGGAGAAUCCUUCCUGCGCUUCUCACCCCGGGUCACCGAGAGCCACAUUGACGCCAAGAAGGAGUUGGAGAAGCUACUCAAGUCCACAUGCGAGCAGCUCAUCAUGUCCGUCACCAAGCUCACCGUCGAGCCCAUCCUCUCCUUCAUCACCAAGGUCACAGCGGUCCGUGUGGCAGGGUCAGCUCUCGCUCUCAAGGCCAGAGGAGGGGAUGCAGCAGCAGCAGGGGGGGAGGGGCAUGCAGGGCAACGACUGCUGAGAGAGCAAGCGUUUGCUUCCCCAGAGAAGCUGGCUCAAGUGGUGAAACAGGUGGACGAGGCUCUCAAGGUGUCGCUGCCAGAUGUGGUGGCCAACAUGGCGCUCUACCUGCCACACGCUGCCACUCGCGCCAUUCUCUUCCGACCCAUCAAGUCCAACAUCCUGGAGGCGCAUGCGCAGCUGCAGUCACUGGUGGACUCAGAGUACACAGAGGAGGACAGGGCCGUCGUGGGACUCCUCUCCUCUGCUGAUCUCGUCACCUUCCUAGAUGGCCUCACCUGA